AUGUACGGCGCGGCGGGGAAGAGCACGAGCUCGAGCUACGGCGAUUUUGGGCUCGCCGAGUUAUGGGUCGCGUACUUGGCCCAGAUCGAGCUCGGCGACGACAAACCCUGGCUCAACCUCACUAAAUCACUCAUCAGCUUCUUCAAAACGGCGCCGGGAGAAGCUCUUCUUUCUCAGGUGAAGGACGAGGACGGCGUCGUUGUGCUGUGGGUUGACUUUGAGAAGUUUCGGAAAGAGUGUGGUGUUGAGGAGUUUUGUGAAGCGUUGGAGGAGAAGCCGAAGGUGACGCUGUUGUGCAUGAGUAUUGCAGUGCACAAGGUUCUGUUGAGUCAUUGGGAAAGUAACAGAAUGGAUGAUGAUUUCCGAGUUAAUAUCCGGUUGCAUAACCAUCCGAAAUCGAUGAUCGCUUUGAAGAACUUAAAAGCUGCAUAUAUAGACAAGCUUGUAUCUGUGCGCGGUAGUGUAGUCAAAGUUAGCACUGUGAGGCCUUUUGUGGUGCAAAUGGAUUUUGACUGUGGGAAGUGUAAGACGAGCAUUACGCGUAUGUUUCCUGAUGGGAAGUUUUCGCCACCGUUGAAAUGUGAUCUACAUGCAUGCAAGAGCAGAACUUUUGUUCCAGAUCGAUCUACUGCUCAAACGAUAGAUUUUCAGAAGAUAAGGAUACAGGAGCUGCUAAAGCCUGAAGAUCAUGAAGAAGGCAGGGUGCCUCGAACAGUAGAAUGUGAACUGCUUGAAGAUCUUGUUGAUGCAUGCAUCCCUGGAGAUGUGGUGACUGUCACUGGGAUAAUAAGAGUCAUUAACAAUUACAUGGACAUUGGGGGAGGAAAAUCAAAAGGCAAAAGUCAGGGAAUAUACUAUCUGUAUCUAGAAGCUGUUUCAAUUAAAAACUCUAAGUCACAGUCUAUGCCUGAGGGUGCACAAGAUUCUAGUUCUAAUGCUGGGUCGUUAGCACUUGUUGACUCAUUUUCCCCUAGGGAUUUGGAAUUCAUUGUCAAGUUCUCGGAGGAACAUGGUCCAGAUACCUUCCGGCAACUUCUCCAAUCUGUUUGUCCAUCCAUCUAUGGUCAUGAGCUUGUUAAAGCGGGGAUAAUACUGGCACUCUUUGGAGGUGUAAGGAAGCACUCAAAUGAUCAAAACAAGGUUCCUGUUAGAGGAGACAUUCAUGUCAUUAUUGUUGGUGAUCCUGGACUUGGAAAGAGCCAAAUACUUCAAGCAGCAGCAGCUGUUUCUCCGCGAGGCAUUUAUGUAUGUGGUAAUGCCACAACCAGAGCCGGACUCACUGUAGCUGUUGUAAAGGAUUCUAUGACAAGUGAUUAUGCAUUCGAAGCAGGUGCCAUGGUACUUGCAGACAGUGGCUUGUGUUGUAUUGACGAAUUUGACAAAAUGACUUCAGAGCAUCAGGCCCUACUAGAAGCCAUGGAACAACAGUGUGUGUCUAUUGCAAAGGCUGGAUUAGUGGCAAGUCUGUCAGCACGAACCUCUGUCUUGGCAGCAGCAAACCCUGUUGGUGGUCAUUAUAAUCGUGCCAAAACCGUGAAUGAAAAUCUGAAAAUAGGUGCAGCUCUCCUCUCACGAUUUGAUUUGGUUUUCAUAUUACUUGACAAACCUGAUGAACUUCUGGAUAAGCGAGUUUCAGAGCACAUUAUGUCACUUCAUACUGGAUAUGGAGAGCACUCACCAGCUGCAAAAAAGAUUAGUAGAGAAAAUGCAGCAUCACAAAGUGCAGAAGACAUAGAUAUGAGUGGAGGUCGUUCUUUGGUUUCAAGGUUGAAGCUUGACCCAAAGAAGGAUGCUGAUUUCGUUCCAUUACCGAUGCAACUUCUCCGCAAGUACAUUGCUUAUGCAAGGACUUUUGUCUUUCCAAGGAUGUCAAAGCCGGCAGCAGAAAUCCUGCAGAAAUUUUACUUGAAACUGAGAGACCAUGCUACCUCCGCUGAUAGCACACCAAUAACAGCGAGACAACUGGAGAGUCUGGUGAGGCUGACAGAAGCUCGAGCUAGGUUGGAUUUAAGGGAGGAAAUUACUGCCCAAGAUGCAAUGGAUGUAGUUGAAAUCAUGAGAGAAUCCUUGUAUGACAAGUACAUUGAUGAGCAUGGUGUUGUGGAUUUUGGUCGCAGUGGAGGGAUGAGUCAACAAAAAGAAGCAAAGCGGUUUUUAAGUGCCCUUAAUAAGCAAUCAGAGUUGCAGCAGAAAGACACUUUCACUAUUUCUGAAAUAUACAGUUUGGCUGAUAGGAUUGGCCUAAGAGUUCCGGACAUUGACACAUUUGUUGAUAACUUAAACAGUGUUGGCUAUCUACUCAAAAAAGGGGCGAAGACAUACCAGGUACUAUCAUCAUCUUAUUCUAGGAGUCAAUCAUCAUCAAGGUGA